AUGUAUAAAUAACGAGGAGGUGUUGUCGUCAUUGUUUCUGCUUCCAAAUCGGAGGAUCUAAAGCGAAUCAACGACGUUCUCGACAAGCACCUCGAACGAUCCUCGGCCUCCUCUUCUCGCACCAUCAACGCCACCUUCAAAAAUUCCAACCUCCAAGCGGAAGAAUCUGAAACGGAGAGUGAAGAGUCCGAUGUUAGCGGUUCGGAUGGAGAUGACACCUCUUGGAUCUCUUGGUUCUGCAAUCUUGGUUUUUGCGAGGUCGAUGAUGAUUACAUCCAGGAUGACUUCAACCUCUGUGGAUUGAGCAGUCAAGUGCCCUACUAUGAUUAUGCCCUUGAUUUGAUUCUCGAUGUCGAAUCAUCCACGAUUAGUGACAUGUUCACGGAGGAACAAAACGACUUGAUUGAAUCAGCAGCGGAAAUGCUUUACGGUUUGAUUCAAAUUUUUUUCAGAUUUUUUUUGGUAUCUUUUUGUUUAUGGAUUUGAGACACGAGCAAUGGAACUUCAUGUAAUA